UCUCUGAAAAAGAGCAGUGGUGUGUUCUCAUCAUUAUGCCUAUCUAGCUAGUUGUUUAGUGUGUGUCACUACCAUUCGCCCCGUCCGUCAUCUUCUUCCAGCCUCUUCCCCUGUCCUUCUCCAUGAGAGCUUAGCAUUCCAAUCCAUGGCAAGUCCAUUGCAAAUUGCAGCAGGGGACUGGGGCUUCGUGGUCAUGGGCUGGAUGCUGUCACCCAUACUCAGCUUCCUUGUGAACAAGUUCUUUACCAAUCUCUCCCUUGACAUAUCAAGAAAGCUUCGGAAGCUGGAGAUCGACACUAUCCCAAGCCUCAAGGAGACGCUGACAAAAGUGGAGGAGCAGAGGAUGGUGGGAGCAGUGAAAGGCAAGGGAUCUGAAUCUAAUCUCGUGACACUCAAGAAAAUAGAAAAUGAUCUCAAAUCCAUCCUGUACGAAGCCGAAGACACACUGGAUCUCGUCGAUUAUCACCGGAUCGAGAAGAAAGUCAAGGGGGACGACGGCCCCAGCUGGAUCUCAAGGGCUGUUGGCGCUUGCAUCACCCGCUGCAAGGGAUUCUGCUGGCUGGGCGCCACCCUAUGCAGAUCUGGUGAGCAAAUACCAAUUUCCCAAAGGUCCUCCAACUCCAAUCCCGUGAUGCAGAGGCUCCGUGCUUGGUCACAAUCCCUCGACAUCAAGGCCCUCUGUCAAUCCAUGCAGAAGUGGUUAGCCGAAAAGUAUGUGGCUGCUUGUCAUUACCGGGACUGGUCAUAUGAAGUCGUUGGCAUCAACAAAACAAACAAGGAGGAUGACAUUGCAGUAGAUCUUUUCUUCCUUACUAUUGAUGGAAAAAGCUUGUGGAAAAGAAUAGAGGACAUAGAAAAUAUUUUCAAUGACUUGAAGAAAUCACAUCUGCUCAAUCAGGAUAGCAGCAGCAGUAGCAAAAUUGUAGCAGAGGAUACUAACAAGGAGGAGACUGACGACAUGCACAGAAGCAUUAAAUGGGAGGUAUUCGGUCGUGACAAGGAGCGAUUCGGGAAGACUACCCUGGCUCAAUAUGUUUGUGAUCACGAGAAGAAGGCCCAAGACAAGCAUUUUGACACUGUCAUGUUCAUUCAUGUCUCAAAGACUUUCAGACUAGACAAGAUAUUUCGUGACAUGUUGAGCGAGAUCAAGAAGGGCCAGCAAUCUGACAGCAACGGUGUUACAGCUCUACAUAAUGAGCUGAAGAAAAACUUGGAAGGAAAACGUUUCUUGUUGGUACUGGAUGAUCUCUGGGUCAAUAAUGAGAAUCGGAAGGGUCGGGAUAUUCUCCUUGAUGCACUUGACGCUGGGCAAAGUGGAAGCAUAAUCCUAGUGACAGCUCAAAGAGAAGAUGCAGCUGCAGCUCUAGGUGCUCAGAAGCAAAUUUUAAUACCUGACUUGGAAGAGAAUGAUUAUUUAAAAUUAUUCAUGCAUCAUGCACGACCAGGCACAAUCGAAUAUAAAAGGAUUGGAACCAAGAUUGCCAACAAGCUACACCGCUCACCUAUUGCAGCAGUAACAGUAGGAGAGCAGCUUCGGAAGAAUACAAGGAUCAGUUUUUGGGAAACAACAGCGAACGAUGUCGUACUGAACGAGACCAUGGGAGCUCUGUGGUGGAGCUAUCAGCAGCUUGGUGCUGACAUCAGGCGUUGCUUUGCAUACUGCAGCACUUUCCCCAGAGGAUACAAGUUAAAACGAGAUGAGUUAGUUCGUAUCUGGAUAGCACAAGGGUUUGUAAACACCGGGGGUAAUGCAACAGAGGAAAUGGAAGAUGUAGGCAAUCGCUACUUUGAUGAGUUACUGGAAUUCUCAUUUCUUCAAGUGCGAAGAACAAUAAUCUUUGGCUCCGAGACAUUCACAAUUCAUGACCUGCUUCACGAGUUGGCAGAGACGGUUGCUGGAAGUGAUUUCCUCAGAAUUGAUCUGAAUGGCUCGCCGAAAGAUAUUCCGGCAGGGGUUCGCCAUGUUUUCAUCGAGACCAACAAUGGAGCAAAGGUCUUGGCGGAGAAAAAUCAGGACUUGGGAAAAUUGCGCACCCUGAUCAUUAAGGAGCACUGGAAAGUAGGUACGGAUAGAAAACAGCCCAUGGAUGAGUUGGAAGAAGUCUUUGAUUGUUUGUUCAUGAGGAUGAGGGAACUGCGGGUGCUGAUCGUUGAACUACAACAGAGGACAGAAGUGAUGUCAGUCCCAGCAUCUGUUGAUCGGAUGAAGCAUCUACGUUAUCUUGGUUUUGACAUUUUCGCUAUGAAGUUGAUUUUGCCAAGCACAUUUAGCAAGCUUUACCAUAUGCAGACCAUAGAUGCUCGCUACAUGUCGAUAUGUUUGCCUGAAAAUAUGGCUAAUCUCCUCCGUUUGCGGCACAUCGUCAGUGGUAGGCUGGAUUUCCCCAACAUUGGCAGGCUGACGUCACUCCAAACGCUGCCAUCGUUCACAGUAAAGAAGGAACAAGGGUACGAGCUGAAGCACCUAAACAAGCUUCGGGGCGCCCUGGAGAUAUAUGGUCUUGGGAUUGUCAGAAGCAAAGAGAAAGCUCUCGAAGCUCACCUAGCCCGCAAGGAGCGACUCACAAAACUGCGGCUGUUUUUCGGUAAUAAUAAUACCUUCAACGACCCAGAUGUGGAAGCAGAGAUACUUGAGGGCCUUUGCCCCCCGAACGAUCUUGUAGAGCUCGAUAUCUACGACUACAGGGUUCAAGAUAGCGAGCUCUCCACUCAUGUGCGUGAGCUCGUCAUUAACUAUUGCAACUGGGACCGCUUGCCAGAAAAUAUGGAGCGCCUCGUGUCGCUCCAGAUUUUGUAUAUUUUCCGAUGCAAUAAGAUGGAGCUCCUUCCGACGCUGCCCCAGUCUCUUCGGGAGAUUGUAAUCCAUUCAUGCGACGCGCUCAGUACAACCUGUAGAGAAGAGGGGCACGAGAAUUGGCAUAAGAUCCAGCACAUUCCAGAGAAGGUCAUUUUUCCAUGA